GUACUUGUAUCAUUAGAUAAUGAAGCGUUAAUGGCAAUUAAUAAUGAAAUAUAAUGUGUAGUUACGCAAUUUGUCUAUAGUAUAAAUUCGUGGACCUUCACCGUGUUAGUUUAUUUGUCCUGCAAUUAUUUAAGUCAAAAUGAGAAUUGUUUUUGUGUCGUUGGUGUGUGUGUGUCUGCUGACGUCACCAACGUUGGCAACAGUGGCGUUGGCGAAAGCAGUGGCCACCGCAGCAGUAGGCAAAGUGGCGGCCGUGGCAGGCGCUGGAGUGGCGUUGAAAACUGCAGCCAUCAAGGCGCUGGGCGCCAAGGCACUCGCUGGACUAGCUAUAAAGACAUCCCUCAUUAAAGGUGGAUUAGCUCUAAAGGGCGCUGUGGCUGGUGCCGCUUUACAAGCAGCUGCACAAAAAGGAAAAUUACUGAUAAAUGGCAUCGCUGCGACCAAGAGUGCGGUUUUAGGUGUGGCUGCUGCAAAGGUUGGAGCCGUAGUGGCGGCUAAAUCUGCCGUAGUGGCAAAGAUACCCACUCUUUUAGACAUCAUAUCAGGAGUUCUGUGCAAAGUUCAGGAGUCACAGACGGCGGUGGUGGGCGGUGCGGUUGAGAAGGUAGUCCAAAGCCAAGAGAGGAUAAUUGUACAGUCACCAUUGCUGCCAGUUUUAUAUGAGUAUAUCACACAACCAAGGGUAUAUUACGAAACGGUUCCGGUCAUACAACAAGUUGAUGUGUAUUAAGAAAUUAAAAUAAUAUAAAAGCAAA